CUCCUCACCAGCAUCAUCAUUGUCAUAAUCAUCUUCUCAUCUCCAAGGAGCCUCCAAUGUUGGACCAGGAGAGCUAGGAUGGUGUUGUGUUGGUUAGUUGCAGGGGCUCUAGCUGAUCCGUUCAGAGUUGUGGAAGUAGUUUUGACUGCAGAUCAUUUUGGUGUGGAGAUGGAUAGCAUAGAUGCAGAGCUAUGUCUUCAAAUCGGAUCAACUGGACAAGAGUUUAAUAAGGGAUCAAAUGACCUGCUUAUUAUCAGGUGUUGUAGGUAUCUUCUUUCAAAGCUAGUCAAAGAAAGAAGUAAUACUAAGAAACAACUACAUUAUUUUCACCAACUCAAGCCAACUCAAGUACAAAGUAUUAGAGAUAACAAAAUCGGCUAG